UCUUCUUCACCUACCUUAACUUUCUUAAGUGAAAUUUUAUAGGAACUUUUCAGAUUUAUCCAACAUUUACUCCUAAACUUCUGAACAGAUCGGUUAUACGUUUAUCAAAAUGUAUUUAAAAUUAAGUCUGAUAUGUAUGUUUAGUGUAACUCUUAUUAGUGAGGGUGUAACAAUAUCCAAUGUUAAUUCUACAGAUAAUGAGGCUGCUGAUGUGUUAUUAGAAUUAUCUAAUGUAGCCAUUCAAGGUAGACAGAGUGGACUAUAUCAUCAAAAUUACUAUCAAAAUCCAAACAGAUAUCCCUCAUACUACCAAGGUUAUAAGCCCUAUAAGCAACAGUAUGGGUAUCCUCAUGACUAUACUAAUACCAACGAAGUUUUUGAUGCAAAUCACAAGCCCUACAGAGAUUAUCCUUAUUUCCCUUCACCACAGUUUGUUCAAAACACUCGUCAAUCUGUAAUGGAUGCACUAUUCUCUAUAGCUCAGAACGAUGAUUUGCAGUGUGUUCCAAAAUUAUUAUGCGACAUCACAGCUGGAGGUUUAACAGGAAGACAAGCCUUACCAAUCAAUCUAAACUUAGACUCCCUUUUACUACUAGUGUCUGGAGUGGACAGUGCCAAUAUGUCACCAGUUCUUCAUUUUGGAAAAGCUGCUUUUUUGGGUUUUGCAUCAAAAGGAAACACAAGAAAAUGCGACAUAGCUUACCCUCGCUGUCCUAGUGAUCCAAUCAGGCUUGUGCAGUAUUUAAAUAACCACAACGGAGGGUUCUUUAGAUUUUUCCAAGGGUUAAAUUCCCAAAACCCGAACUACAAUCAAAAUUACGCUCAGUAUUUUAACAAAUACAGACCAGGGUACUUUGGAAAACAGAAUUUCGCUGAAAAAAGGAUUCAGACAAAACCUUCUGAAUAUGUAAAUAGUUACAGCGAGCCUCAAGAUUAUUACAAGACCGGAAAAGGAUUUAAUUUUCCAUAUUUAGCAGAGCCUGUACCUUUAAAAUACCCUCACAGUGAAACAAAGACUGUUGUGUUCCCUGAUGUAGAAGAUAACUCAGCUCAUUCUACACCAUUCCUUUCAGAAACGUUAAAAAGUAAAAAAUUAAAGUUUCCAGAAUUGGGAAGUGAACUCACAUACAACACAGAAAAUUACAAUGUAAGGUAUCCAUCAAACAGUUAUUAUAGUAACGAAUAUCCAUACAGAGUAGGAAAAAAGUUAAAAUUUAACCAGGAAUCUAUCCAAAUAGGAGAUAAUAUUUUAGAUAUUCAAAGACCCUUGCCUAAUCAUAGACCAAGCCCUAAUAUUUUUCCAGAUAGGACUGGAACGGGUGAACUAAAGCUGGACUUAGUUGAUCUGGAAAAGAAUUAUCAGGAUUCUCUGGCUUAUGACGAAAAUACAUACCGAGAUUUGCUCUAUGACAGUUUUCCUAAUGGUAGAGGUGGAAGGCAAUUAAAUAGUUUACAUUUUCCUAGAGAAUAAGUUAUUCUAAGUGUUCUAGUUAAUAUUUUGAUUUAGAAAAGAUGUUCUGCAUAUGAAUCUUUGACCCUGAGUGCCUUAAAAAUAAAUGAAACAUGACAUCAUAGUAGGCGCAGAAAUAGUAUUACAAUAAUUGAAAUGUGAAAUUUAACUAGCACAAAUAACUUAGCAUAAAUAGAGUGCUUAAUACUAAAAUUAUGAGCCCUUUAUGUGUAAUUAGCUAUAACCAUAAAGUAACAAAAACUGUACCAAAAUUAUAAUAUUUAUUUAUUAUUAUAUUUAUUGUAGUAACUUUAUUGUCUAAGCUAUUGUUUUUUUUUUAAUUUAAUGAUUAGAAAGCGUGCGAAAAUUAUUUAC